GUCAGGGAGUUUGUGUUUUGGUCUACUGUGGUGUUGUUGGAGUAGUGUAAAAUCAGAAAUGUUUUUGUGUACGCUAAAAUGUAGCAUACAUUCACUUUCUUAAUACAGCGAACGAAGCAGUAGAAUCGACGGUCCUGCGAUGGGGACGUGCAGAAGUCGCAGUUUUGUUUACAUAUAAGAGUUUUGUUGUUGAUAUGGCUGAUACAACUGAAGCAACAUGGCUGCUGCGAGAGGUGUUUCAUAUUUACUUUUUGUUUUGACGGUAUCACUGUGCACUGGUAAACAGAAUUAUCCUACAAUCAGUCACCUAAAAGAAGAAGGCAUUGACAAUGAUAGUGAGGAACCUAAUGAACCUCCAGAUCAGCUUAUUGGUGACUUUGGAAAUUUUGAGUCGAAGAGACUACGGACAGAUUCUAAAAAGAGAUUCAAAUGUCUUUCUUGUGAACCACCAGAUUGUUCAGGACUGACGGAAUGCCAUGAUGCUCUGCAGUGUUGGAAAUCUCGAGUCCGUGAUUCUGAUGGCGUGGAACGAGUUUCGCGAGGUUGUACAACUGUUCCCGACCACGUACCUUUCAUUUGUGGAUCAUCUUCGAAGUCUGGCCAUACCAAACGCCACACAGGGGGCCAGUAUGCAAUGGACUGCUGUGAAGGAGACUAUUGUAAUAAUGGCUCUUUUCCAUAUUUAGCAAAUGCAAACUUUGUUGAAAAAGUUCCACAUGAUGUUAGCAACAUAGGUUACAUAGUGAAGCUGGCCCUUGCUAUUCUGGGACCUGUCCUUGCUUUGGGUGCUAUUGGGACAAUAGUUCUCUUCUUGAUGAGGAGAACGCAUCGCAAAAGAUUGAUGGCAGCCCGAGCUAUGGCAGACCAUGAUCCAUUCUAUGCAUCAGAUGAAGUUCUCCGAGCAACUGCAGCUGGAGACAGCACGUUGAGGGAAUUUCUUGAUCGCUCAAUGAGCUCUGGUUCAGGAUCUGGUCUCCCUCUUCUUAUCCAGCGAACCUUGGCCAAACAGAUAUCAUUGGCCGAGUGUAUUGGUAAAGGCCGAUAUGGAGAGGUUUGGCGGGGUGUUUGGCAUGGCGAGAAUGUUGCUGUCAAGAUAUUCUUUUCCCGAGAUGAGGCAUCAUGGAAUCGAGAAACUGAGAUUUACAGCACUGUCCUUUUGCGACAUGAGAAUAUUCUUGGCUACAUAGGAUCAGAUAUGACCUCAAGGAACUCUUGUACUCAACUUUGGCUGGUGACGCACUACCAUCCCUUGGGUUCACUUUAUGAUCACCUAAACCGCACAACACUAACUCAUCAUCAGAUGAUGAAAAUUUGUCUUUCUGCCAUUAAUGGAUUAGUUCACCUCCACACAGAAAUUUUUGGAACACAGGGAAAACCAGCCAUUGCCCAUCGAGAUAUCAAAAGCAAGAACAUUCUCGUUAAACUGAAUGGCUCCUGUGUGAUAGCAGAUUUUGGGUUGGCUGUAACCCACGUUCAGUCGACAGGAAAGAUGGAUGUAGGCUCCAACCCUCGUGUUGGAACCAAGCGAUACAUGAGUCCUGAAGUUUUAGAUGAAUCGAUCAACUUGGAUUGUUUCGAAUCUUACAAGCGUGUGGACAUUUAUGCAUUUGGUCUAGUUCUGUGGGAGGUCUGCCGACGAACAGUGUCAAAUGGUAUAGCAGAGGACUAUAAACCUCCAUUUUAUGACCUAGUGCCAAGUGAUCCCAGUUUUGAAGAUAUGAAGAAGGUAGUGUGUGUGGAUCAGCAGCGCCCCAUUGUGCCCAAUCGAUGGGCUUCGAAUGCUACACUGAGUGGAAUGGGGAAACUUAUCAAGGAAUGUUGGCACCAGAACCCAAAUGUCCGACUUUCUGCUCUUCGUAUCAAGAAGACUUUGGUAAAACUGGCUUCUUCCGAUGUUCACGUUAACUUGGACCUCGAUUCGUAGUGAUUCUCUACACAUGGCCGUAUGGAGGCCAUAUUUGCUCAGUGUAUUGUUAUGGUGUGAGACUUUACUUAUUGCCCAUACUUGCCAGUUAAAUGUGUUUCAUUCAUAAACAGGCCAAAUACCAACCUCUCCAAGAUUCUUUGUUCUAAAAGAAAUAAGGAAAUUUGGCAAAGUCAUAAUCAUUGUGAGAUGACUGGUGAUUUUUUUAGUGACAUUCAAAAAUGAAUGGGAGUGGUGUUAAAAUCAUAUUUUAUUUAAACUCAUAAAGAAGACAUUCUUCAUCAUAAAUUUUGCGAAGAAUCAUAGUUUGUAUAGUGUGCCCAUAAGAGAUGUUGCUGUUGAUGUGUUUGGGGAAAUAAAUUGUUACUGUUGCAGUGGUUCUUUGUUCCAUUUAAGAAUGAACAAAGGUCCACUAAGUACUUGUUCAUGUUUUAUUGGUAUGAAUUAUAAUAAAGUUUACUUUAUUAGUUU